UUGUUCAAUAAAUUAUUUUCAGGCGUCGUACAUGAUUGUGGACGAAAUGCACGAGGAGCAUCCGGAGCUUCUACGCGAUCAGUAUUGGGACGAAAUAGUGCCCAAAGAGCUGCCGUACACUGUUGGUUCCGAACAUUAUCGCAAACAUGAACCGAAAGGAUCAGCCGAACACUACAAAGUGAAGCAAAACGAUGCACUCUAUGCCAAUAUUUCGACAGCGAAGGGUGGUGAGGACGUGUAUGCAGACUAUGAAAGUGUCGAUACUCCAAUGGUGGAGCGUAGAAAGAAUUGGUUCAGUCGACAAAUAUCUCGCAUGGGUUCAGUGCGGAGCUCGUCGACAGCCUAUUCGUCCGGUGGCGUAUUCAAGCGAAACCGUAACAACUCGGUUUAUGCUAAUCCCGAGGCGGUCUUACCAGGACAGACUACUCAACCGCCUGCGCAUAAAAUGAGUUUGUACGAGAAAUUUGUGAGUCGGAAAUCGGAUCGACAACAGCGACAGUUUUUGAAGCAAAAUUCCAAAUUAAAUCUGAACGGAGCACUCUCGACAGCACCACAGAAAAACCGUCCCCGGAUCCCUACACCAGACGUUUCAAAUGACAAAGAGAAUCGAUUCAAUUUGAUGCCAACGCCAUCGUCCCAGUCCAGCAACAACCAGCAUUCCAUUUUGAAUAUAGCAGAAAGCGUUGCGCUUGCAACUCGAAAACUUGCCACCGAGCCGAGUGUCUAUCCAACACCGACGAAAGACGACACCCUUCCAAUAGCAACUCUCCAGCUCAGUCCCAUAAACGAAAUGGAUUCCGGUUCGGUGAACAAUACCCUUAACACCAACAGUCCCACCACAGCCGAACUCGCUCGCUCGGUGGUGAUACCAACGGUAACAUCUAGUGGCAGUUUUGCCGAAAUUACAAACACACCGUCCAUGAUGCGCGUCACUCUAUUCCCGAAAGUGACGAACGGCACAUCGCCCAGCCACGAAGUAUCCGUGUCCAUUCAAACGAUGCCGAUGAAUUCAUCGCCAACGACUCCAUCGAAUGUUAUCAUCACCGAAAUACCAUCCGACACAAUGGACGACGAAGUGGACGGGAUCAGGGGACGCCCACUUUCGCGGCAAAGCAGUUCAUUGUCGGCUGCACCGCACGUCGGUCGUAUGCGAACGAUAUCGGACGCAUCGAAUAAAUCGCCAGUGCCAGGACGGCAGAAUAAUUUAGGAAAUUCGUCGGCACCGUCGACUUUGAAGAAAAGCACACCGGAACAGAAAACCGGAGAGGUUUACGUUUGAGUCGAUGAUAUGUUGGUUGGAUAUGUCGGGCUGGAACGUUUUUUUUUUGUAAAUAAAGGAAAGAGUGGGAGAUGGGUUUCCAUUCGACCAGUUCUGUUACACCAACAGCCCUAACUGCAAUUCAAAGCAUAUUUGACUCAUAAAGAGUUUUAUGAUCUUCCGAUUCACCUUUUUUUAAGAAAUUCAAUUAAUUCCGCGAUGAUGAAUUUAAAACAACAAUUAUGUCGCUGUCGCCAGUAAGCCGGCUGAACCGGUCUGAAUUGGAAGCACUAAUUGCGCAUAAAUUUUGAUUUUUAAUUUUAUUUCUUGUGAUAAUACUUUUAGUUGUAACAACCGUAAAAGGGAAAUUCUAUUUUGUAAAAAGUUUCUGUUUGCCGCGACCGAGCGACCGUUUUUUUAUCUCUCCUUCUUAUUAUUGUGCUAAUGAAAAAUGUUAAGGAUUUUUAAUAGGCCAUAAUGUUAUAGAUGUUUACGUUUUAAGU